UAUUGGCACUCUCCACUUGCGAUACUUUGAAAUACUACAAUCGUCAAACCGCAUGAGAACUGAAACAAUCGAAGAAGACACCACCACGCUAUGGGAAAGCAGAAACAGCAGGUGAUCUCCCGUUUCUUCGCUCCCAAAUCUAAAGCCCCUUCAUCAUCUUCAUCUUCAAUACCAUCAUCACCAUCUCCAUCUCCAUCUCCAUCUUCGCUCCCAAACCCACCAACCCCUCCACCGAAAAUCUCCACCACUGUCACUUUCUCUCCUUCCAAACGCCUUCCUUCCUCCCACGUGUCCCCCUCCACCAAACCCCCCAAAGCCCCCAAAAUCUCUCACCCCAUUGACCCCUCUCUCCACCAAAAGUUCGUACAGAAGCUUCUUGAGCCUUCUUCCUCAACACCCACAAAGCUCCCACUUCCAACCACCAAGUACACUCCACUGGAGCAACAAGUCGUGGACCUAAAGCAAAAAUACCCAGAUGUUCUAUUGAUGGUAGAAGUUGGGUAUAGGUAUAGAUUCUUUGGUGAGGAUGCUGAGAUUGCAGCUAGGGUGUUGGGCAUUUAUGCUCAUGUUGAUCACAAUUUCUUGACUGCUAGCAUACCAACUUUUCGAUUAAAUGUCCAUGUGAGGAGGCUUGUCAGUGCAGGGUUUAAGGUAGGUGUUGUUAAGCAGACCGAAACUGCAGCCAUUAAGGCGCAUGGUUCGAAUAAACUGGGACCCUUUUGCCGGGGUUUAUCGGCAUUGUACACGAAGGCGACGUUGGAGGCAGCAGAGGAGGUGGGAGGUGGGGAAGAGGAAUGUGGGUCUUAUAAUAAUUACUUGGUUUGUGUAGUUGAGAAAGGGAUUAGUGUAGAAAAUAGUAAAGAUUGUGGUGUUGGGGGUGGGUUUGAUGUGAGAAUUGGGAUUGUUGCAGUUGAAGUAUCAACGGGGGAUGUUGUUCAUGGGGAGUUCAAUGAUAAUUUUAUGAGGGCUGGGCUUGAGGCUGUGAUUUUGAGCAUGUCUCCUGCUGAAUUGCUUCUUGGAUACCCGCUCUCUAAACAAACAGAGAAGUUGCUAUUAGCCUAUGCUGGACCUGCAUCAAAUGUUCGUCUGGAGCGUACCUCAAGAGAUUGCUUCAGUGAUGGUGGAGCACUUGCUGAAGUUAUGUCUUUAUAUGAGAACUUAAGUGAAGAUAGUAGAGUUGAUCAUCAAGUGGACAACACAGAAGUGAUGGAACAGGAAAAUCAUUGCCUGGCAAUUGAGGUCUUAGUGUUUGUUGACUUUCUCGUGUCAGGAACGAAACAGUAUGAAUUGCUGCUUCUUUGGACAUAUAUUUUCAUUUUAGCCACCAACCACCUCUUAUGUGAAAUUUGUGAGUGCUCAUUAUGGUUCUGGUAUAGCCUUGGUUUCAUGAAUUGCUUAAUCAUCGGGUGGUCAAUGUGGGGGCCUUCCCCGAUAACAACUUUCUCUGGUCAUUGUUGGUUUGUGAUUUUUGUGGACGAUUGCAACCGCAUGACACUUCUCUACCAAAUGAAGACCAAAGCCGAAGUUUUCAUGAUUUUUCAAGCAUUUCAUGCCAUGGUCUAG